UAAGAGGAGAUUCUCAUAUUUGAACUCCGACAAUGACAAAGACCAAAGUUGAUGCCAAUCCUGAGUCUAAUGCACGCUCAUCCCAGCACGGACGGGACGGGCAGAAUAAAGCCUGUGGAGGAGACGCGGUCAGCCACCAGCAGUCAAGACAAAUCCACCGGCACCAUGUGCAACACAUGACGUCAAAACAACCUCAGGCGAACGCAGCUCCCUCACAGAACAAGACUAAGGAGAUUCACUCCAAGAAACCAAAGCGUGGAUUAUCUGUCACGCCAAACAUCCAUGCUGGGAAAACGGAGAUGAUGAAACCAGAGUCGAGAAAACGCUCCGAUAGCAAUCGCAGUAAAUCUUCCGGGAGAAGAAAGCUAUCGGAUGGAAGCAUCACGUCUGAUGACCUGAGUAAGGACUCUGGCUGUGCUACCGGGAAACUGUCUUCCACGGACAGCAGCUCUGAGAUCUCGGACGCAUCUGAGGAGCAAAAGCAGUCCACUGAUGUCCAGUGUGGUGAGGUCUGUCACAGAGGAACCCACGAAGAGAUGAUGGACGGUUUAGCUGAGCCAAUAUCAGAACAUAGAGAAGAUGAUGGUCUGAUCAAUGCCACCCUGUCCCCGGGGUUUGGCUUCGGCGAGGGAAGCAUCUCUCCUGGAGACCGGUCCUACGUUUCCAUGGACAGUCGCUUGAACUUGAGCGCAUCUGUGGAAUUUCCGGAUCUGACUGGAGACUUUGCUGAUGGGGUGCAUGAGGAUCUGCUGAGAGAGAUUGACGACCUAAGAUCGGAAAAUGAAUAUUUAAAGGACGAAAUGGAGGAGCUCCGUUCAGAGAUGCUGGAGAUGAGAGACAUGUACAUGGAGGAGGAUGUUUACCAGCUGCAGGAACUCCGACAGCAGCUGGAACAGGCCAAUAAGGCCUGUCGCAUCUUGCAGUACCGACUCAGGAAAGCUGAGAGACGCAGCCUGCGUGUAGCCCAGACGGGACAGGUGGACGGCGAGCUUAUCAGAACACUUGAGUAUGACAUUAGGGUGGCAAAAAGUGUGUCCCUUCGCCUGCACAGCGAACUUGAGGCCAUUCAAAAGAAAAAUUCACAGCUAGAAUGGGAAAACGAGGAGUUGCGUGAACGGCUGCAGGAUCUGGAGGUGGCGAAGCAGGUCCUGCAGGCGGAGAUGGACAAAUCACAGAAUUCUCUAAAGAGAAGAAGUUUGAGAUCAACAUCCAGCAAGAGUGAAAAGAAACUCUCUCCACAGGAUGACAGUGCUGAUUUGAAAUGCCAGCUCCACUUUGCCAAAGAAGAGUCUGCGCUCAUGUGCAAGAAGCUAACAAAGAUGGCCCUGGAGAGUGAGGCGAUGCGGGAGGAGCUUGCCAAAUACCGUCUUUUAUACGGUGAUGUAGAUGAAAACCAGGCUGCAGCGGGCACCACUAACUCCGCCCACACCCGAGAAGCAGAGGUCAAAGUUCACUUGCGGCUGGUGGAAGAAGAAGCCACGCUGCUGAGUCGUCGAAUUGUGGAACUAGAGGUAGAGAACCGUGGUUUGCGGGCAGAGAUGAGUGAACUGCGUGAACGAGGAGGAGGAAGCUUGGAAGAAGAGGAGAUGGUGAAGGGAGCUGGUGAAGGGUUAGCAUUGAGGGAGCAGGAGGAGGUGCUUAAAGGUGGAUGUCUGGAUGGUGUAGAGAAAGCAGAUGCGUUGACAAUCCACAAUAAUACGCAGGAGAUCCAGAUGCGUGCAGAGGAAGAACACAUGGAGAACUCUAUCCACAUGCACAGAGAAGGGUCGAUCGAUGGGGAACAGGAGCUUUCUGCAGAGACUAAAGAGGAAGAUGGGCGAGCUCAAUGUAAGUCAGACUGCACGUUUGGUGUGAAGGAUCUAGAAGGUCUUCUUGCCAUCCAUGACCAAGCGCUGCUUGUCAGAUCAACUAUCCAGCUCCUGACAGCCCCAGCUAAAAAUGGCGUAUCACCUACAUAUGCCCAUAAGACCCAUCCUGGUGGCCCUUACCUAAGCAAAACGACAGUGGAUCCUCAGUGCAAGACACAUCAAUGGCUUUUGGACCCCAUGUUAAGUCCCUUGACCAAUGGACUAGAAGUGUUACAAGCCCAGCUGCGUGCUCUUGUAGAAAAGUUGGAGGUGCUGUCAAACUCUACUUCAGAGCACUCUGGGCCUGUUACAGAAAAGAAUAUAUUACAUUUUGGUGAAGAUUUAAGUGCAAUGAAAGAGGACACAAAGAAUCAAGCAAGACAAGAACGUCCAUGUGAAGAAAUUUGUGGAAAUGGGUGUAACCAGGACAGCUUAGUGCUGCUCACACUGCAGCUCCGAUGGUUCAUCCAGCAGUGGCGGCAGGGAGAGAGACCCACCGGAGACGGAAAGAACCUGUUUGAGAUGUAUUGUCAGAAUGAGAUUCAUCUUCUAAAGGACACAGAGUCAAGAGCAUGCGAGUACAAUCUUCAAGAGAAAUGCAACUCUCAGGUGAGCAGUGCCCUGCUGUCUGACCUGAGGACAGCCCUGCAGGAUCUGUUCUGUGAACUCUGGGAGCAGCACAGGGCAGCCCAGUUUGUCGUCCGACAGUUUGCAAACGCCAAAGCUGCGUGGGCCGUUGAGUGUACAGAGCUCAAGAGCCUCAUAAGCAAGCUGGAGGGUCCAGCUGGGAAGGCAGGAAUAAAGGGUCCAUCAGAUGUGAAUGCGGCUUUGCAGAAGGACCACGUUGAGAAGCUUCAGCACCUGUUAGCUGAGUCCUACACUGCAGUCAUGGACCUGACAAGACAGCUGAAGGUCUGUGAGAGCAACUGGAGCUCUGAACGGCAGGAACUGCUGGAACACCUGAACCAUGUGCGUCUAGAGUGCGAAAGGUCGAAGACAGCAAAGCAAAAUAGAAAAAUGCAGUCCCCCAGAAAUAAGAUGACAAAAGAUGGAAAAAUGGAAAGGAUGACUCUCAAAACUGGCAUUUUAAAACCCAACAAGAACUGGAAGUACCUCAGUCAUGAAGCUGCCUUUCUGGACAGAGAAGACGGCUGUAAGACUUGGGACUGCCCUAUCAUGCCUUCCAGUUUCCCUGGUUUGAACCUAAACCAGGAGCUGACCCAGAGAAGCCACACUGCUCCAGAGAGGACCAGCAUUCGUAUAUAUUUCAGCCCACCAUCAGCAAAAAGGAUCCAAAUGAGCUCUCUGGUAGCAGGAGAGGAGGAAGAGUGUGAGGAGAGCCAGGAACCACAUUUCAAUGCUUUUUCCUGUGGCCUUGUAAACCGAGACUGGGUCUCUGCAUAUGAAAACUGGCUGGGCAGCGUGCCAAUUGACUGCCAAAAUUUGACGGAGAGAGCUGUCAUCAGUUCUACAUCCUGUUCAGGUCUUCAGACCUCCAGUAUUGCUUCCCCUUCACGCUUGGCUUUCAAUAGCAUGGACGUCUCAGCCAACUUGAGUGAUGACAUGAAGGAAAUUACAGCCAGUGUGCUUCAAACCACCCAAUCCAGCCCUCUAGAGAGGAAAAGAGGGAAGGAUUUUGGGAGCAAUGUAGCGAGUGUUGUGAGUACGGGAACUCAAACACAAUCCCAACCACAGGUGACCACAGUCGGGCUACAGACCGAUGGCCCUCGAAGUCUUUAUACCGCAAAGCACUGGUCACCCCGGGUGACCUCAUUUGUAUCCGCUAGAGCCCAUCAGACGUCAGCAUCAUUGGAAAGGGUACCUGGACCUGCAGAGCGCUUUCCACCACAUUCCACCUCGCCGAAAAUACAGCGCAGACACUCUACAUCCUCUAAGUCUUCCACUUCACCAUCAUCCUCUUCAUCCUUCACUACAUCCUCUUUGUCCUCUUCCUCAUCUCUGAGCGCCUCCUCCAGGAUGGAUUAUGCAGCUAAGGAACGCGGUUUGUGGGCUCUGUCGCAACGUGGAUCGACACCUAGCAGGCCAAGCUCAGUAUCAGCGCAGGCCAGCAAUAAACCUGGCGGUCGUAAAACUGUAGGAGUCCACAAGUACGGUCUGGUCCAGGAGUUUCUGCGCAACGUGUGUGGCCGAGGAGAGAAGACCAACCCGGCGAUGGAGAAAGCUCCAGCGGCUCGUAGGGAUCAUGUCGGACUGGUGGGUUCAAAGAAAUCGGAGCAUCCCCCGUCUCGUAUACCAGCGGUGCCACUGGUCAGAAAUGACAGCAUCACUAAGAUCGUGAACCGCAGAUUUAUGAAAAACAGCCAAAAAGAGGAGGCAGUCUGUCAUAGUCAGACCCAAACCCAACGCCAAAUCGACAGGGGUUCAAUCAGCAAGAACAAGGGCUUGGAGGAUGGAGCCUGUGACUGCAGCUCACGCUCUUUGACAUCCUGCUUUGCUCGACCCUCCCAAAAAAACCUCCGGCAGGCUCACAGUCAGAACAAGCCCCGUCCACAUGAAUACCCCACAACUCGUGGUAAAGGUGACCCUCAAGCCUAAUGGGAAGCAGAGUCAUCAUGUGCGCUGACACCAUGAUGCAGCUGACAGGAUUCUUCAGGGAUCGGCAGGCCUGCAUGGACUCUCCAUCAUUCACACAUUUUGACGUAUUCUCCGCCCCUUUUGCGUGUAUUUAUUUAAUAUUUGGAUUAAUUUGAUUAUGCCUUCAGCUCUGUUUUACCAUGUUAAAAUCCAUUCCACAGAAUUUCCCUCUAAAAAAACGUGAAAGAAGUCAGCAGAUACCUUUUGGGGUUAGUGAAGUGUCUCUAGCAUUGUUAUUUAAAAUCUGAUUAAAUUUGCUAGAGGAACAAAUAAGGCUUGUACAGAAUUAAUAGUGCUGUUAAGAGCUCACAAUACCAGCAAGAUCCCCUCCAGUUUUUACUUUCUUGACCCUUGAUGGACUUGACUUUGUUACAUUUUAAAUAAAUAUAAUUAAGCAACAUAUCUAAAAAAAAAAAAAAAAAAAAAUCUGUGACAUGAUUUACUAAUAUUUUUAUAACAUCUUAUCUUAUGCAUAAUAGAAUGUUUGUAGGACAAUUAUUGUUUAAUUGUUAUUAGAUGCCUAAUAAAUGUGGCUUGUUACUCAUAUAGCUGUCUUAAACAUGAUCUGUGCAAACAACAAUUGCGGGGCCAAGCACCUUAAUCAGAGAAAUGUAACUAUUUGAAAUGUGAUACUUUUUAUGGCAUGUUAAUAAAUGCAGAUCAAUGUCAUUAUAUUGGUCCCUAUUACUUGUUUUGAGGAUGCAGCACCCUAAUAAUGAUUUUCAGGCUUUACUCUACAGCUGCCUGUGACCACAAAAACAAAGAAAAAUACUUUUGUAAGAAAAAUGUGAUCAGUAAUUUUGAGUCCUGUGAUUUUUAUUACUUUUAUUA